ACCAAAGUGUUUCCGAUUUGUGAUAAUAAUCGAUUGGUUUUUACAACAGGUUUGGAAUCAUCGAGGAAUGUGUUAAAGAACUCAUCUCUGUUCAUUCAAAAGAUGUCUAUUGAAGACCCCUUUUUCGUUGUAAAAGAAGAAGUACAGAAGGCAAUUCACACAUCACAAAACCUGCAUGACAGAUGGUCAGAGUUGAUAAAUAACCCCAAAUCUGUGUCCAAAGAGGAGCUGGAAUGGACGACCAGUGAGCUGAGGAACAGUCUGAGGAGCAUAGAGUGGGACCUCGAGGACCUUGAGGAGACUGUGGGGAUUGUUGAGAGAAACCCCAGAAAGUUCAAAAUUGAUCAAGAUGAGCUCCAUGAAAGAAGGGCAUUCAUAGACAGAAGUAAAGCUAUAGUCAAGAGAAUGAAAGAAGAUUUGGCAAGUCCUCAGACAAAAGAUAAGGAUGACGGAAAUGUACGACAGGCUCUGUUAAAUGGACAAAGUAAGCAGUAUGACAAAUACACCCGACUGGACCAAGAAAUGGAGAGAUCUAACCAAAGAUACUUAGAGGAUAGCCACCAACAGCAACAGACGAUAAUAAAAACACAAGAUGACCAGUUGGACAUGAUAGGAUCUAGUGUAGGAGUGCUGAAGAAUAUGAGUCACCAAAUAGGCAAUGAACUGGAGGAACAAAAUCUAAUUUUAGAUGAAUUUGGUCAUGAAAUGGACAACACAGAAUCCAGAAUGGACUCCACAAUGAAGAAAAUGGCCAAAGUGAUGCACAUGUCAAAUGACAGAAGACAGUGGUGUGCUAUAGGAGUUUUACUAGUCAUACUGUUAAUAAUAAUUAUACUGUUUAUGGUGUUAUGAUGUCAAGACCACACAUUUUGAUCAGUCAUAAUAAUUCUAUACAUAGUGUUAUGAUGUCAAGACUACACAUUUUGAUUUGUCAUAAUGAUUAUACACAUGGUGUUAUGAUGUAAAGACCAAAUACUUUGUUAAGCCAUUAACUUGCAUCAUGAUGUAUUUAGUACCGUACAAUGCGCAGUUAACCUUGGGCUUUAAGUAAAACCUAACAUUUUGGACAUUACAUAAUUACCGUUUGAAUUUUACACAGCUUUUACUCACUGAAAAUACAUGGGACAGAAAUUUGGCAAAAGUCAACAAGUGUAGAAAUUAACCAAUACACGUUUUGUGUGGCAAAGAGGUGGGACUUAAGUCUUCUCAUCAUUGUCAACAACAAUUUAAAGUUCCUGAUGUUAUUAAUUUCUUAACCAAUGAGAAUCUAUUCACAGAUGCUUGUUACAUAGCCCAGAUAAUGCCAUGCCUGACUGAAAGUUCAAGGUUAACUGAGAAUUCUAAAGUGUAUCUCACAUAUACACCACGAUGUAAAGACCAAAUAUUUUGAUACGAACUUGCAUCUUGACAUUCUUUAAGUGAAUGUGACUAACACAACGUGAUUAUAUCCCACCACAUACUGGUUUCCAGGGUACCUACUGCCAAUAAUCACUCUUCUGCCAAAUCACUUUCUUCCCUUUGUUAAAUUUUCAUCUUGGUCUUGAUUGGUUUGUUCUGUAUGUUUUGCUCGAUUUCUGACAAAUUUAUGUAGAUUUGUCUAUCUUCUGUUAUACAAAAUUGCAGGGAAUAAAUCCAUCUUAACAAGCAGAAAACCCUUCCUCUGUGUUCAAUUUGAGAAAAUUUUAAGUUAAAUUGCCCUCUUUAAUAUAACAUUUAUGAAUUUAAUUACAAAAAUGAAAUUAUAUUUUCAAGCAUUUUAUUUUCAUAUCUCUUCUAUUUACUUGAUUAUUUUAGAAGCAGAAAUUUUCAGUAGUGUUUUUUAAAAUUCUUUUUGUUUAUUUGAGAGGAUGGUGUUCUUAUUAAAAAAAAAACUUCUGAAAAUAUAUACAUGUACAUGUAAAGUUUAAUUCUGCUUCUAUCAUGUACAUGUACAUCAUUUCUAGAAAGAGGUUUGCUUUAAUUUAGUUAUUAGUUUAGUUUCAGAGAUAAUUUUGCUGGAAGUUUUGAGAAGGAAGUUUUGUUUUUUCUCUUAUUUGAUCUGAUUUGUUAUUCCACCAUUGUUUAUAAAAGUACAGGAUUAUUAGAUCCGAUGAUUGUGUCACUUAAUUAUGCUGUGUGUACUUGUCUCCAUUUUGGUAAAUUAAUUAAUGUCAGAGAGGUUAAGAGUUUUAUAGUGAAAAGUUAAAAUUAGGUUUAUAUAAUGUUAUUCAAUACUUCCAUGAUUUUUGUGUAGACUGUUUAUUUUCUCUCAGUGUUUAAAUGUAUGAAUAAGGAAAAAAAAGCUUAUUCUGUAGAAAAUUUUUAUUGGUGUUAUUUUUUAUUCUUUUGGAGACAACCACUUCAAUAACAUGAUAUGUUUCACAAAACAUUUUUGUACUCAUAAACAUUGUAAACUGGUUAAUUUUAAAGAAUAAGUGCAAGAACCUGUUAUCAAUAAAUUUGUAAUGUGUUGAAAAUGGGAAUUUUCUAAAAUACACAUAGCAUAGCCUGAUGAUUGGGUUUUGCUUUGCUAUCAUUUCAAAUUUUUUUUCUUUGUAAAUUCAUUGUACGCACAAAGAGACAAUUAUGUUUCCCUCAAUGCCAUGUUAAUAUCUGUCCUUGAGCCAGAUUUUCCUAGAAAUACCCCAGUAUCUGUAAGUAAGAACUUAGCACAGCAUGUUUACAAACAAUUGUAACAAGGAAACAUUUU